UUUGCGGGCGGAAGAAGCCCAGAAGAAUAGUUUUAUUUACGCAUGCGCAUCCGUCUUCCUUCCUUUUCGACAUUCUACUCGAACGAGACAAGAUGGGACAUCAGAGCCUCUACUGGAGUCACCCAAGAAAAUUCGGUCAGGGAUCCCGAUCCUGCCGGGUAUGCUCGAACAGACACGGUCUGAUCCGUAAAUACGGGCUCAACAUGUGCCGCCAGUGCUUCAGGCAGUACGCGAAUGACAUCGGCUUUGUCAAGCUGGACUAACUGCAUUGGAUGCUGAAGGUUCCCCACUGGAUGCGAAACCAACAUGGGAUGUUGCAUUAUUCCAAAUAAAUGUUUUAGUCCAA